AUGGCUACCAAAGCUAUGGUAAGGAUAAAUAUAUUUCAACUUGUUUUUUUUUUUUUUAUUCAAUUUUAUUUUAUUUGUUAUUUACUUACUUUAAUAUAGUUGGGUGUACCAAAAUAAAUGUGAACAUUUUAGGUAUAAGUAUAUAAUAUCAAAAUUUUGAUUUUAAAAUUUAGUAUCUAUCAUACAUUUAAUCAUACAUAUAAUAUACAACAAAUCGUUUUGAAGCAAUAUUAAAUAUACCCAUACUUUAUAAUUGUCUACACUCUAUAACUAGCAUACGUCUAUUUAUACUAGCUUAGCUACAUUAAUUAUAUUAUUAUAAAAAAAUACAUGAUGUUGUACCAACCAAAAGUAAUGUUGAUGAAAAUAAAAUUAAUUUGUAUUCAUAUACUACUUUUAUGUUUUCUAUAGAAAUAUAGAAACCAUAUAAUUAUUUAUAAUACAACAAAAUAAUACCUAUUCAAUUUUAAUUAUAUUGUAUUUCGGUUUUUAGAUGCAAGCAGUUUUUCUAGGACUCUUAGUAGUGUCCACUGCGUUCGCUGCAGAACCAGCGAAGAAAAAUAAUAAAAGAUACUCCUUAGAUAUUGACAACAUCAGUGCCUUUGGUUCAUCUACUGCAGCUCCAUUAUCAUACGGUAGCUCAUUCGCGUCGAGUGUUUCUCCAUUCAAAUCUGUUUCUUACAGUUCCACUCCCGCUCCGUUUGCUUUUGGUAAAUCUUACUCAUCAAAUGCUUUUGCCAACGGUUUCGGUGCCCAAUCGUUUGACGGUGCAUCUUUCGUCGGAUCAUCCACUCCAGCUCCACUUCUCGAUGGAUCAUUCGCUUCUUCUUCCCCGGCAGCUUUAGUCGGAUCAUCUACCAUAGCACCAAUCGUAUCCGAUGCAAGCUAUGGAUAUUCGUCAUCUCCGUCUUCNCCUAGUGUAUACGGAUCAUCCUUCUCGGGAGCCUACGCACCUAGUGCAUACGGAUCAUCCUUCUCAGGAGCCUACGCACCUAGUGCAUACGGAUCAUCCUUUUCCGGAGCUUACGCGCCAUCUUUCUCACAAGGAGCAUCGAUCUUCAAAUCAAAUGUUUACAGCAAUGAUGCCGUUGCAGUUUCUGUUGCCCCGGCUGUUCACCAGCAAGUCACUGUCACUAAGAAUGUUCCAGUCCCAUACUAUGUCCAAGUCGAAAAGAAAGUGCCACACCCCGUAUUGGUCAAAGUAGCCCAACCAUACCCGGUUCCUGUAGAAAAGACAGUGCCGUACCCUGUUAGAGUAAAUGUUGACCGCCCAGUUCACAUUCCUCAACCAUACCCAGUAGAAGUUGAAAAGAGAGUGCCAUACCCAGUUGAAAAGCAAGUACCAUACCCAGUUCAAGUUCCGGUCGACAGACCAUACCCAGUACAAGUUCCAGUUGAAAGACCAGUGCCAUAUCCAGUUGAAAAGCAAGUACCGUACCCAGUACGAGUAAAUGUUGACAGGCCAUACCCAGUAGAAAAAGCAGUGCCAUACCCAGUCCCUGUAGAAAAAGCUGUGCCAUACCCAGUUGAGAAGGUGGUGCCAUAUCCAGUCGAAAAGCAAGUGCCGUAUCCAGUUGAAAAAUCGGUUCCUUACCCAGUGAAAUACGAAGUCCCAGUUAAUGUUCCAGUUCCGGUCCAAGUGAAAGUUCCAGUAGCUGUAGACAGACCCGUGCCAUACCCAGUUGAAAAGACUGUCCCUUACCCAGUUCAGGUACCAUAUGAAGUUAAGGUUCCAGUACCAGUCGCCGCUCCAGUUCAACGUUUCGCCACUGUCCAAUACUAUCAAGGAUCAGCUCCGUCAGCUGCUUUAGGAUACGAAUCUUCUCAAAGUCUUAUUGCAGGUCAAUCAGGUUACAGCAAAUUCUUCUCUGGCCUAGGACCAAAUUCCGGUAGUGCAUUCUACAGUUCCACAUCCAGCCCAGCUAGUUUCUACAGCUCUACACCAGCAUCAGCUAGUGCAUUCAGCUCUACUGCUAGCCCAAUUGGUUUCAGUUCGACUGCCAGCCCACUAGAAUUAUCUGGCUCAAACUUUGCCCAAGAAGGUUUCUUAAGCUCAUCAGCAGCCCCAUUCAGUUUUGGCCAAAAGUCGUUCUACGGCUCUUCGACCCCGGCUUCCAUCAGUUCCUUUUCGUCAGGUUCUGUGGCGUCUAACUUGGGAUUCAGUGGUCAAGAAUCAUUCAAUGUUGUAAAGAAAUAG